AUGACUGUAGUGGGAAGAUCCACUCCUCCUACGCCUCCACAAUCCACCGACGGACAUCCAUUGCCCGGAGAGUCCUUCGAACGACCUGGUGUAUUCCAACCUAUGUACAUCACCCUGAAGAUGGAUGGCGAAACCAACAGUGCCCAGUCCCAGUCGCAGUCACAAUCCCAGCCGCAGCCUCAGUCACAGCCACAAGCAAUGCACUACGAUUCUCCCCCAUUCUAUGCCGCCCCCAGUUUUCCUCAAAACAUGCCUCCUCAAUCGAUCAUGAUGUCCGGUACCCAGGUCACCACGCCUCCCCCGGUAUCUGAUGAAAGUCUCUUAGGAUCACCUACCAUGAUGACCCCUUCGCCACCUUGGUCGCGGGCCUCGCCUCGCAGCAAGACACCAGUCAAGGCAACCAAGCAGCGACGCAACCGUAACCGGAGAGAACUCUCCGAUCCAGGUAUCAAGCUUGAGGGACCAAUCAGUCAGCUCACUGAACAUUUCCACACUACUCCGAUCAAGGACAUGGAUGCUUGGGUGGCUCGAUCCGCUCAUGAGCGACAAAACGAGGUCCGCAAGAAGAAUGGGAAGAUUUCUCGCCCCAUGAAUUCCUUCAUGCUUUACCGGUCUGCAUACGCAGAGCGCACCAAGAGAUUAGUGGGCGCGAAUAACCAUCAAAUUGUCUCAAAGGUUGCGGGCAUGGGCUGGAAGCUGGAGCCCAUUGAGAUUCGCCGAAAAUACGAAGAUCUGGCGAAGCUGGAACGUGACAACCAUGCUGCAACACAUCCAGACUACAAGUUCUCACCCAACAAAAUGCCACCUGCCAAUCGACGCAAUAGUGGCUCUCCUACUCUCGCCGAUGAGGGAUUCUUCUCGGACAUGGAUAGUGAUCUUGGAUCGACUAUCGGUCGUGGAUCUUCCUACAUCCACUCUCGAUCACAAAGCUUCGAAGAGGCCUACUACGACAGUAGCCGGGAUUCCUCGCCAUUCGGGCCUGACUCGAUGAUGACCCCCGGAUACAUUCACCCCUCCUGGCAAAACACAAGCCACCCAAAUGGCCUCCCAGUGAUGCAGUCCAGCUCACUCCAGAGUCAGGAAUCAUACACUGAAGAUGCACACUUCCGCUCCAGCAGCCCGAAUCAGCAGGACAUGGGAUAUGGCUCUUCCCUCGCUGGACUCCCUGGUGCUACUCACCACGAGUUGCUCCAGCCUCAGCUUAACAACUUGACACACGGCAUGCCCAUCCAUGACAUGGAUCCCCGCCUUCUUAACAACGGCGGCGAGUCCUCUGGAGUUGCCCCAAUGGCCGCUCCUUCAUAUGCUGCCACUCCUGGCUCAUAUUCUAACUGGACUGACGAGACUCAAGCUGGCUAUUACCCAGCCUCAUCGGCGCCGUCCAUUUCUACCAGCACAGUUUCAUACGCUCAUCCUAGCAUGACAUCUGCAUACCUCCCCAGCAUGCAGAACAUCGAGAACCGGGAUUCAUCAUGGGAUAUGCCUCGCCAUGAAAGCAUGGCUGAUCCUACUGGUGCUGAGUUCGAGUUGUGGUGCUCUGCUGAGCCCACCUCCAACAACUACUAG